UCCCCCAGGCCCGCUGCCCACCCUGUCCUCCGGCCUGGCGUGCCUCGGAUCGGCGGGGCCGCUGUCCGUGCUGCACUCGCAGCAGCUGGCCCACAAGGUCUCUGGGGUUCCCAGGAUGUUCCUGCAGGGCUUUUGCUGCCCACAGCCCGUGGACCCCCGCAUCAGCUACGGCACCCAGUCCAACCCCUACUCGACGUACGAGGGAUACCCGCAGGCCAUCCACGACGACCACUUCCACACCUACAGACGCAAGCAGCGACGGAACCGUACCACAUUCAGCGCCGAACAGCUGAAGGAGCUGGAGAGGGCGUUCACCAUGACCCACUACCCCGACGUCUUCGUUCGGGAAGCGCUGGCCAACAAGAUCAACUUGACGGAGGCGCGAGUGCAGGUUUGGUUCCAGAACCGGCGCGCCAAGUUCCGCAAGAACGAGAAGGUGAAGGACGCGCUGCGGCGAGAGGAGGACGGCAAGGACGACCAGAAGGACGACAAGAUGGAGGUUGACGGCGAGCGCAGCGUGGCCGGGGACUCCGAGGCCGCCGACGACGGCGUGGUACCCAAAAGUGCUUUGAGAACUUCUCUUGUAACAGGAAUGGAAGGUGCUUCAUGCGCCUUAAGCAAUUUUCUGGACCAGAAUUUUCUCAGGAGAAGCGGUCAUGAGGCCUCUGCACAAACUGUAUAA